AUGGACCAGUUCACAGCUGGAUCAAUCGUAUGGGCAAGUGCCCGUAGAGACAUUUUUUGGCCUGGCGUGGUAAGUUUUCAUUGUCAUCAUUUGUUUCCUUCUGUGGUCUCAGUAGUUAACGUUCUUUAUGUCCUUUGAUCGUACGAAGUAGCUGCAAACUUGGGAAGGGUAGCUUAAAGUUUGAAGAAAUGAAGUUAAGAUCGAAUUAUUUUUUUUGUAUGGAACGCUUAGAAGCGAGGUAACCAUAUGGCUAUUGACUUGCAACUAUCAUGAAACGAGCAAUUGCCCUUGCAUUCUGUCAGAGUCUUAAUACUGUACUCAGAUAAUCAGAGUUAACAUCAAGUUAAUUUAGUAGGUCAGAUGCCCAGAUUUGUUAAAAUACGUCCUUUAAGUCAAGCUCAACGAACUCCCUCCCCUUCGCCUCUAUAGCUCACCAGAAAAGACCUUUGAUUUCAAUGUAGUUUUCAUUGUUUUUCUUUCUGUCAUUGUAAUUGAUUGGUACGCAAUAGCUCUGUUACACGCAGUACCAUUCCGAUGACAAGUAAAUAACCCACAGUGUCAUCUUGCCACUGUCAAUGUAUUUCAGGUGGUUGACGCUAAGGACACUGCACCUAUACCAGCUAAAAAAUAUGUUAGCGUAAAUUUCCUGAUUGAGGAUUCAUAGUAAGUACCUUUGUUGCUAGAUCAACUUCCUCUAAUGUCAAUUCUUGACCCUUACAAUCCAAGGAAGGACCAAAACUAAUAUAUAUCUUCAAUGUCAGUUUUAUAUCAAGCACACAAGUGACAAGAAUACAGGAAGAUAUGAACUAGGAGAUUAUUUUUUGAUCAAAUGCAAUAGGGUUAAUUGUUUUGGCAACAAAAUUUCUUGUUCAGAAUUUAGUUUUGUACCUCAAAAGUUUUAACUAUACUGCAUGAUUGUAACUGAUUGGCAAUCUAUUGGGUAUUUUGAUCAGUGCACAUUUUAGGAUAAGUUCCCAAACAUUUAAUCAAAUUUUCCUCUGUAAAUAUAUUGCAGUGAAGACAUCAAGAGUCCCAGCAAGAUUUUCUUGUGGAACUGUGAAAAACAAAAUACAUUUAUUGAAAAAGGCAGAGGUAACAAAUUAUUUUCAACUUUUUCACUUGGGCAUUGGGUUUUCAGAUUAAGAUGUGAACGAUGAAGUAUGUGAGAUUAAAAAAGAUUAUGAACUAAUAAAAAAUACACAAAAAAAAAAGCAGGUGAACUCUGGGAAGAUUAAUAAAUCAACAAAAACAGAACAUUCCUAUCCUUAACAGUUUACUUGAAAAAUGAAAUAUUUUAUGCAUGUAACCAAAGUUUACAAACCUUUGUUCUGUAAUCCAGGUCUCCAGGAUUAACAUUUUUCAAAGGCAUUAUUUGGUGAGCUAAGAUCACAAUAUGGUCAUGGGAAAUAAUGUUGUAGUGCCCAGGAAAGAUAAAAACUAACUAAAACUACAAUGAUAAGCGGCUGCUUGCCAUAUGACUGCCAAAUGCAAGUCACAAAUUUGUUACUUUAGUUGCAAAUAACUGAUAAUUUUGACAAUAUAUGUUUAUUUUUGUUAUCAUGUCACAGCGUUAAAGAGUGAAGAACGAAAAAUCAUUUUUAAUAGGGCUGUUGCAAAAGCAGAUAAUCUGUUGAAGCAAGGUGAGAUUAAGUGUUAUGGUCAUAGCAACAUCAACAUUCUUUGACCCUUUGACCUCUUAGACUGACAAGCAUCUAAUUUCUCCUUACAAUGUCACUCCUGAAACACAUUGAGGUCACAAGAAAAAAUAGAAAUGAUCAUCAGCUAAAGAAGGUCUUGGUUUUGAAUGAAAUUCUCCUUGCUAGUAGUCUUGGCCAAAAAGGAGGCCGGGACAACUCAUAGUUUAUACAAAAUAAGUAAAAAGUAAAGCCUUUAUACAGGCCCAAGUGGCCCAUGGGGCUCGUGCUUAACUUCGGUUUCAAUAGCAUGAAGCAGCUAGGAGUAUUGCUACUCCCUCCUGGAUGGGAUGCUAGUCUGUCACAGGGUUACCCCCAGCAUAUUUGCUGUUACCCAUUUGUACACCUGGGUGAAGACAAGCACUGUGAGAGUAAAGUGUCUUGCCUAAGAACACAACACAAUGACCCCAGCUAGGGCUCAAACCAGGACCACUCGAUCCGGAGUUGAGUGCACUAACCAUGAGGCUACCAUGCCUCCACACAAAACAAGGAAUUGUGCAUAAUUUUACUCUUCCUAAGUAAUGGUUGUCUGGUUGUGGGUCACUUAGUUUAUAAAUGACAAUGUUCUGCUGUGAUAUUUGUUGGUUGUAGUCAUCUUUGUUUCAUGCAGUUUAACUGCAAAGUAUUUCUAAACACCAUAACAGACAGAGACCAGUUUUGGCACUAGACAGUUUAUUAAAUGUAUAUAUCCAACAUAAAUAACACACUAGAUUGUUAUAUAAAAGAUAUUGGAGGAAUACACUAAACCGACAGUCCAGUAAUCGGUAAAAGUGAAGAACAGUUCCCAAAAGAUACUGUUGGCCAUCUGUCAGCCAACAGUUGGCCAACUGUUGGCUUACCAUUGGCCAACAGAUGGCUGACAGUUGGCCAACAGUUUUCAUAAUGUUGCAGACGAAAGUGUCAGCUGACAGUUGGCUAAUAGUUGGCCGUCUGUUGGUACCUGUCAGCAAUGUGUCGGUAAGUUGUGUGCUGAAAUGAUUGCAAACAGUUACUUAUUUAUCACUUCAACAACUACGUCGAAACAGGAAAAAUUAAUUGAAGAGAGAUAGUUAGUAUGGCUAUUGCCUAACUUGCUUGCAUUGGCUAGUGAAACAUGCCUGUAUUAGUUCGAUUUCAUUUGUCAGCCAUAUUGAAAAUUUUUCCCAAUCCCCUAAACAAAAUUUUGAUGUCCUGCCUGCGAAACCCUGUUAGGAUUAGUUAGGAAGUAGGUAAAUACAAAAACUGGUAUAUACAGUCUGUCAGUAAUGUGUCGGUAUCAUGUCGGCCGACAGGUUACCGACAGCUGAACAUGGGAGCUAUUGUUCACUUUUACCCAGUAAUCAAGAAUAAAUUACAAACAUGAUUGAGAUUAAGAUACGAUCAAAACUGUUGAUGGUGUGGGUGGGAUUGGGAAACUCAAACUUUCUUAAAGCUAGAAAUAAUUGCUUGCUUUCUAGAUUACUAAUAAGACAUGCACAGAUACCUUAGCGGUAAUAUACUAAAGUAAUUUCACAAUUAAAAUGCAUUAGCAUAGUGAAUAGCCAUUGGCUCUACCCAAGUCAUAUGACUUGUAUGCUGAACAAAUUGCUCAAUCUUAAGAAAAGAGAAAGUAUUAAUAUGCACCCUACCUGUUCCCAGUCCAGGCCUCCCAGUAAUCAAUGUCUAGAUUCAUAUUAAUAGAAAUUAAUAUUCACAAUAAUUUGUUAUUUAUUGGGAUUUCAGACGUGGAAAGAAGAGUUGUAAAUUCCUCAGAAACUCAGAAGAUUCCAAAUGUGACAAUUAGAAGAAGUAUGAUAAAACAACAUUUGGAAAGUCUGGAUGGAGCAUUGGAGCAGAAUGGUAGCAACUGUGAAGUGGAAUUGGACACAGCUAAAGCAAAUGAAGAAAAAGGAAUAAUGAAAAGUCAGAAAGAACAUGUGUUGAAAGGGCAGUCAAAUUACUUAACGUCAGAGGCCAAUGAAACCAAAGAGCACUCACAAGCCUUCCAAAGACAUCAGAGCUUGUCAAAGGAAAAAAGAAAACGAAAGGAAAAAGACCCCUGCAAAAAAAUAUUACAAGCAAAGAAAGCAAAAUCAAGUGAUCAAGUUGUACGAAGUGAGGUAAAACCAGAGCAAAAUGAAAAGAAUGUGGAAGAGUUGGAUCUGAGGACAUCAACUUGUAACAAAGAUAACCUUGUUGCAGAUGCAAUCAGUACAAACGGUAAUAGUAGCAUCACUUCAGAAGGGAGCUCUGAUGAUGAAGAACUCAUGUCUGAACUAUUUUCUCCAAGCCAAGAAGCUGAUAGUAAGUUAAAUGUUCUUGUUUUUUAAAAGAGUUCUUUUUUACCAGCGUGUUCAAUCUUCAAGUAAUCUGUUGAUCCAACAAAAGUGUUAUGCUUGACCAGGAAUACUAAGUAUUUUGUCUUAAGUUAAAAAAAAAAGGUAAUGCAUACAAUGUUGUAUAAAUUAAAGAAGAUAGAUGAUGAUUGAUAAUGACAAUAAUCUGAACAAUAAUGAUAAUGAUAAUGGUUUCACUUUAACAACAAAAUCAGUAAUCUGUCGAUUGUAAGUGAAGUCUACAUUAAAUUUAUUCACAAAAUUAACAGACAAUCUCCUUAAUAUUGGCUCCAUUUUUUGUCAAGAUCAUUUUUCAGUUGGUGAUAUUGUUUGGGCAAAAUAUUAUCGUGAACCUUAUUGGCCUGCUGUGGUAAGUUUUCCUCAUUUAUUUGAAUCAUUAUAUCAUGUAAUUACUUUUAUGAAAAGAAGAAAUUCCUCCAUGAAGCUUUCUAUACAGACCAUGUGAAAAAAAAUAAAAACCCACUUAUUUUAAGCAUGUCUUUGUAAUAAUUUUACGUUUACAAACAUGUACAAAAUUCUGAGUUCACAGACAGACAGUAAUGAACAUCAUAGUUGUGUGUUCAUAUAAUUUCACUAAAGCGCAUUUACUCAAUACAUUGAAGAUGUAUUAUUUAGAACUUUAAAAUGUGUGCAAGAAACUGAACAUUUUAAAAAUGUUUGUGACAUUUUGAAUUGUGGUCAUAAUUGUAUUUUUACACUUAAAUUUUUAUUAUUGACAUUGCAGGUCAAAAAAAUCAUUGGAAAAACAAAAAAAGAAAAGAAAUAUGUGGUUAAAUUUCUUGGCUGGGAUGAUGGCCUGUAAGUUUCAGGAAUGCCCUAGUGGAUUUAUAGUAUAAUUGAUAUUGAUUUAGUAAAUAACUUCACAUGUUACUUGUCUUCAAAUAUGUAUAGGUUCAAAGUCCAACCCAAAAAGUUAGAACAUUAUGCUCGGGAUCAAAAUCGAGAAAAAUUCAUGGUAUGUCAAAUGAAGAGUGUUUAAUAUUUCAAGUACAUUAAAUUUAUAUCUUACUUACUUAUUGAAAGUAUGUGCAGUUUGGAUUUGUCUUACUUCUUACAUUACAUUUUUCAUAUUUUAGUGAAUGAUGCACACAUAUAGAGAACUAUGACAUGGGGUGAAAAUAACAGGUGUGUUUUUAACUGUCUGUAGCCUGUCAGAGACACCCUGAAUGAUAAGGACUUGGUAGUGCAGUUUGAUCUAGCUGUUGAUGAGGCUGAUGAUUUUCUAACAAGGAAAGGUCUGAGAUUUUUGAUAACUGUUAUGCACUUCUUUGUAUUUAAUUUUUGAUACCCAAGUACUUGAAGUCAACUGUCUGUAGCUGCUGUUAAUUGCAGAAGUAUUAUAUCACAAUCAUUUGACUUGUAUGUGUUGUAUAACAACGAUUUUAAGACAUUUGGAACUAUUUAUUAUUUUGUUUAAAUCUGAAUCAUUAGCACUUGGUAAAAGUCUUGAUGAGGAGCUUGAUUCAAAGAUUAACAAAGGUGAGCUGCAAAUAUGUAGGACAGAUUCUACUCUUGGGGGUACCUCAUAGGUAUGAACACUGACUGGUAGUUACACCACGUCAGGUUGUGAGACGCAUGUAGCUAGGUCAAAGGUGAAAAGUUGACAACUGUAUAUACUAUCCAAUUAGCCCACUAGACGGGAGAUUACCCAGCAAGCUUAGCAUGAUACAACGUAAGGGUAUUGCUAUUCCAAUCUGAGGAUAUGCCCAACCAUUGUAGGUUAGCACAGUGAUUGUUGUUACCAACAGAUAAGAACCAUACAAGACAUACAAUAGAAAGGUAGUGACUGUUUUACACCGUUCACAAACGAUAUCUUGGUUUAUGUUUUCCAGACGAAAUAAUUUUUGAAGAAAUUGAAGAAGAGGAUGAAACGCAAUCUGCUGGUGAUGUACAAGCAGAGGAAGAAUAUCUACGAACUCACAAUCCCUCUGAACGAAGGAAGUCAUACCGAACAAAAAGGUAAGUUUAGGCGACUUCCUUUCACGCCAUUGCUAAAAAAGGAUUAAAGUGACAAAGCGCAGGGCAUAAUCGUUACUUGUCUGGCAAUAUAUAAAUGACGAUCUCAAUAUGAUUUUUUCAGGCAAGUGUCGCAGUACGGGGACAUAUUAUCGUACAUCAGGCAGGCAAAAGUGAGUAUCAAAACGCAAAAUAAUGAGCAAUUAUGUCAUAGAUAAUGAUAUGAUGUUUCAAUUUCAAGUGGUUUUUCAUUUUGGUGGUUUCCUAAACGGCCUUAAGUAUGGCAUACUUGUGAAAAAGAAAAGCUUAAAAAAUGUCUUAGCUUGUGAAGAGAAGCUGUUUCGGUGUGAGCUGAAGGAUGUUCACACGUGACACCGAAAUAUGUUACAAAGACUGAAAGCAGAUCUUUUCUUUUUCAGAACUUUUUACUUUAGGGAAUCUAAAAGCUUUGUGUAUAGAAAAAAAUAUAUGCAACUUCUCAUGUAACAUGGUAACUAUGAUUCCAGCUUUCCGUCUGAAAUAGCUAAUUAAGUUGACUUCUUUGUUCGAUUACUUUUGUGCAGCCAAUCUUGAAACAGAUUUUAGAUGGCAAAAGAUCAUCCGAGCGCCAUAUGACUUUCAUGAGUGGAACAACUAACGAAAAGAAUCAGUUAAAACACCGAGCAGGGUUUGGUCCUGUCGGGAAUGAGGCGGUGGUAAGAUUGAAUUUUUUUUCCAUCUCUUUAUGCUUCUAAAUUAUACAAAAAAGUAGCUUAUUUUGAGGGCUUGAUACGAACGUGAGUAACGCGCGUAAGAGAGAGCAGACGCGUGCGUGCUUGACGUUUCUCGCGUGUUUUACAUGUAGUCUAAAUCAUCAGCGGCUAGUUGAAACGAGUUUCUGCUUAACAGGUUCUGCAAAAAUGUAAUAGGAAAUAUUUUUUAUUUCUUUAUCCAUUUUUUUGUUAAUUGGUUUUGUUUCUUUUCUUUCAACAGCGAAAUCAGAUUAUGGAUAGACUUGUGGAAUUCUUCAGAGAAAUAAAAGGAAACACGCUGGGUAUCUCUUACGUAUCAGAGGUGUGGUUACCUGAGGUACGCACACGAUUUGUUAUUGUAUUAAUUGUAUAUGUGAAAACAACUACGCAUGUCUGAGAGGCUGAAAACAAGUGCAUGUAACACUAUGGCAGUGUUGUAACACGAGUGCAAACUACAAAUAGCGUGCGCUGUCAAAAUUUCGUCUGUAUCGGCUGUCUGUGAUGCUUUCUUCAUGUAAAUUAUUAAAAAGUAACAACAUGAUUUCGAGUGCACUUUGGUGUUAAUAAGCACUUUUUUCAGUUACUACAAAAUUGCACUCGCCCCACGGGCUCGUGCAUUUUUAUUUAUUACAAUUAAAUGGCAAUUAACAAAAUAAAAUAAUUACCUAUAAAAAAGGAAAUGCCAUAAGGAUGGUCUGUAAAAGAGUCCAAGACCCCAUCCUCAGACAGACCACCGAACUAAAUAUUUAGUUUAAAAGUAUAAUUAAUUUAAUUAAUAUAAAUAAUUAAAAUCUGAUUAAAAAAAUUCUAAAAUAUGUGACUAUGAGUUAUUCAUUAAGAAGUUUCUCACGCCACGCUUAAAACUUGAGAUACUAGACACUAAUCUAAUUGAAAAUAGGAGUGAAUUCCACAUAUCAACAAUGCGAUUAAAAAAACUAAACUUGAAAGUGUUUGUGCGGGCAUAAUUCCUCUCGAAAGUAAGUCCAUCUUUCUCUCUCAAAGGGUACCUAGCAAAAUCAGAGUCAAAUUGUACAGCUGAAGAGAUUUCAGUGUCAACAUAGCCAUUCAAAACUAUGUUCCAAGGACAGCAAAUUAAGCUUAGAGUUGCGAGUAUCGUAGUCAUCUUCACAUUUUGUAAUAAACUUCGUAGCUCCACGUUACACUCUUUCCAACGUCACGAUAUUUCUGGUAGUGAAGGUUGACCAUACAACAGAGCCAUAUUCAAAUUGAGGCCUAACUAGGGCGCAAUAAAGAGUUCUAAGCGUAGAAAUAUCUCUCAAAUCUCUGCAAUUUCUUUUGAUUAAACCAAGCACCUUAUUCGCCUUGCUGGCGAUCUUGUCUAUGUGAGAGUUCCGGGACAAUUUAUAAUCAGUUAGUAAAGCAAGAUCAAAGAACUCAGUGGUAGCUUCAAGAGGAGUGCUACCCAGUAGUAGCGGAGCAGAGAUUGGAGAUCGUUAUUAAAGCUCCUUUUAUUUUUUUGAGCCUAGGAGGCCAGAUUAUUGAGAUCGUCCUGAAAUGAUUCAUGAUCGUAUGAACGUUGGAUAACUCUUUGAAAAAUUUACUCGUGCUUGAUGACACUAAACUGCACUCGAAAUCAUGUCAUUACCUAUUCUAAUUAAAAGCCAGAAAGGGUAGCUAUUAGUAGUUUAAGGUUCAAAUUCUAUGAACAGCAUGAAAAAAUCCAAUUUUCAGAAGGGAAGCUUUUCUUACCUUGACCAUUUGUGUUACUUCUGUUUAAGGUUUAAGGUACUAACUGCUCUGAAACUUUCAUCUAUACCAAUAGUAAAUUAAUAGCUAUGUUAAAUUUAUAUCCCAGGGUGGCGCGGCUUAAAAUCCUAAAUCUUACAUGUUCGGUUUUUUUUUUCUGUUAAUAACUGCAUGUACAAGAGAUUAUGUUAUCUUUUUACCAUCCCACAGGCAAUAAUUUGGUCAAUACAAGAGAUCAAUCACGUAAACAGGGAGAGGGCUGAGGAAAUGUUUCUGGAGGGAAGCAAGUCCACUGUGACAAAUGCUGAAGUCGAAGAGUUUAAGUCGACGUUAAAGAAAAAAGGGAGAGUAAACAGAGAAGAAGUAGAAAAGAGGAUAAGGCGGGCAGAAAGAGCAAUGGCUUGCUGAAAGCUGAAGAUCGCUGUACCCGUAGUAAAUCCACGCUCCUUUGCGUGAAAGUCUGAUUUACUUACGCCGCGUUUCGGUUGUUCAGUAGCCGUAGCAACGUCUCUACAAAAGAGAUAACAUGUACUUUCAGGAUAUUUUAGCGCUGUUCUAGAAUGCAGAGUAGAUUUAAGAUAGUCUGACAAGUGGCAGAUUUUACUGGUUAAAUAGCCCUUGCAAUCAGUAGGACAUAGCCACAGUCUCUAAUACUCUUGGGUAUAAAGUUGCCAAGAUGAACAAUAAAUAGUCAGUCAUAAGACGAAAGAAAUUUAAUCAAUGAUGAGGCUCACUUUAUUGUGAGAUUUAGAAAAAGUCCCUACUGGGUGUGUCCUGUAGAAAUAUCGCAUCAAAUGUGUAUUUUUAAGCAGUCGUGGUUGCAAGUAUAAAUUAAGGUAUCUUUAUUAUAGGCUUGUGAUGAAAAAGAUCGAGUUAGAAAAAAUUCAAUUUCAUUCUGCACCUUACAUUAGUUGACUAACACGACUAAAUAACUGAGCACACUCUUACAAUGAAAAGGAACAGAUUUCCUUUUUAAGUGCCAUGGACCUUUAGUUUGUUAACUAAACAAAAAAUUAAUGUUUUAUAACAGGGGCAUUUUAUCCUACGUUACGGAUAAUAAAGGACCUACGAUGACG